GAUUAUGGAGACCUGUGGCCGCGGAAUCGUCACUGGGUGUAGAAAAACAGACGUCAAUGAACUAAUUACAUCGACAAUGGUUUUGACACAAUAUCGAUAUUGACAAGUGUAUCUGCUCACAGUAACACAGGUGACCCCUGCAAUCAAUCAAGCUAAACAGACACAAGUCAACAAGGGCUCCCACAAAGCUCCCACCGAUCCCUACAGAGAACACGCAGACGUCCAACAGCUUAUAGGUGGUCAGAUGGACGCUACCUGGCCAGUCCGCCUCCAGUGGUCAGCACCGUCAGUUUAUGACUCUGGUCCCCAUAUGAUCAAUUCAUGCCAGCAAGAGAGGCGCCACCCACUCGCCGUACAAUUGCAAAGUGUUCAGCAGGCGGCUGACGUGUUGAAGGGAGGACAGCUAUGCUUGAACAGUCAACGACCACUUGAUCGUUGGAGCAAUCUGUGACAUGCCCAGGGUGGCCAACGUUCUUCCAUCACAGCCCGUCCUGAGGUCCGAGAAAGCACGAGAUUUAGAAAAAUGGGUUGAGUCCUCGGCAGCGACCGUGGCGAAUGACGAUGUUGAGAUGCCGGACACGAAGCUGCACGGAGCUCUCACCAAACCCGUGUUGGAGAUAGUGAAACCGGAAGUCACCGUCUCACCUGAAUAUGAAGAUGACUACAGCGAUGUCUUCAAGAAAGAGGCUGUGACGACUGUGAAGGAGUCCAAGACUCUCAAAGUCUACAGGAAGGCCUGUAAGCGCCUGGGACUCGUGCAGCUCCGCAAUGUCAUCAGCCAGUUCGGCUCCAUGGACCUGUGUUUCCGGGACUGUGCCUUCUCCGCGAAGGAGCUGAAGGCGCUGUGCAUGGCGUUGCUGUACGAGAGACACAUGUGGCACCUUGACCUGUCCGGCAACUCCGUGGGGCGGAAGGAGUUCGAGUAUGUCCUCGCUGUCCUGGAGAAGAGAACCAACGUGUGUGUGCUGGACCUAUCAAACAAUGAACUGUCGGGAAACGGUGUGCGGCAGUUAGCGGAUUUCCUGCGACGAUGUGACAACGUCACUGAUAUUGAUAUCUCAGGUAAUAAAUUAACCGACAUAGACGGCAAAGCCAUCGGAGAUGUCAUACAGGAAAACAACUCAUUAAGCCGCCUCCGCCUCGCCCACAACGAGUUGAGAGACACUGGGGGGAAGAUCAUUGGUGCUGCGUUAGUAAAGAAUCGCCAUCUGGAGGAACUAGACAUGAGCUGGAACCACCUGAGGCAGAAGGGAGCUAUAAGUAUAGCCAAGGGAUUGGAGACAAACACAUGUAUACAAAUUGUAAACUUGUCUUGGAAUGGCUUCGGAUACGAAGGCUCGGUUGCCCUUGGUGAUAUGCUAACGAAGAACAACACUAUUACGUCACUAGAUAUAUCCUCAAACCGAAUCAGUGCUGCAGCUUUACUGGAGAUCAUCAGGGGGCUAUCCAAGAACCGCACUCUCGCAACGUUGAAGAUCGGCCACAACCCAAUCACGGCUUCUUUCACCAGCGUCCUCCUGGAGGCAAUACUGAAGCAUCCCCACGGAGCGAUCCAGCAGCUGCACAUGGACGGCGUUGUAGUAGACAAGGAGUUCGAGGGUGUUCUCGAGAAGAUCCGAAAAUCUCGCUACCUGGAAGUGACGUAUGAGAUCUCUCUACCAAUCACGAAGAAGACUCGCGAGGAGAUGAUGAAGGAGCUGCAGAAGCCCCAGGCGUAUAACAUCGACCCCCUGCACAUGCUGUACCUACUGAAGGAGAAGAACAGAGCCCGGGACUUCUUCGAGAAGAUCAACAAGGACAAAGACGACGGGCUGACGAGAGACGAACUCUUCCUGUUAUUUAAGGAAGCAGGGUUGCCGUGCACGGUGUCCGUGGUGGACAAGAUCAUGCGGUUUAUGGACACCAAUGGAGACGGCACUAUUGACCUUGCGGAAUUCCUGGUGGGCGACAAGAAGAUCAAGAAGUACUCGCGGGAACAGUUAAGGAACUCGCUUUCCAAGCAGGGAGACAGCUACGCUAAAUACUCUCGGACGUUCCGGAAGGCCAAGAUAGACCCUCUCACUCUGCAGGUGAAGGUGGAAGACGCUUCCAAACAACUGUCGCCAAACACACUACUACCGCCCCCUACCGGCGUGCCGGGGUCACGAAGGGGCAGCACCGCUUCCAUGAGAGGAAACUGAAAGAUAUAUACUGACUAAUCUUGUCUUGAUUGUUGUCAAAUGACCAUGGAUGUAUCAGCAGUAUUGCCUGGAUUAGCGACCAAUACGACCAAUGAGGGGCAAUAAGCACGUAUUUAUUACGCAUAAGGUUAGAAAUAACCGAGUUCAUAACAUCGUAUGUGCAUUCGUGCAAAUAUCACUUCACGGUAACCAGUGUAUUGUUUACGUCAUCCGGACGGCAUUGUUGAUCGAAUCUUUUAGUGACGUUAGGCCGAAAUGACGUCACACUAGUAAUGACGUCAUAGCUGAAGAUUGACGUCAUUCGAAAAAUGUGGUUUUUUUCUGAGAAGGCGGUGGUGAACUGUUCAUUGUUUUAAUAUAAUCAAUUAUUACUCUCGCAUAUGUGUCCUAGUGAUUUUAUGAAACUCGUGUAAGAAUUCAUGUAUCAUCCUCGCUCGGGAAAUACAAGAUUCUGAAACUCGUUUCGUAAAAUCAGUAGGACACACAUUCUUGUAUAUUAAUCUCUAUAAGUAUAACUUUACGAAACAAUGGUAUGUACAUGUUGCGUAUAUUGUAUUAAUCCACUACAUCACAUGAUGAUGUCCCCCAGAUUGUUGAUGAAGGUGGCGAUGAUUAAUAAUGUCUUUAGACAAAACAACAUACGCAGACAGGCCGUUUCAUUCCCACCAAAGGGGCGUGGGCGAUUUGUUGUCACAUUUCCAAGGCAGCUAACUCUUACCUCAAUUUCUUGACGUGAUAAUAUUACUUCCAGAGUUAUCUCCCACUCAGCCCGUCUCCGUGAAAUAGGGGCUUGGCCAACUCCAGGAAUCUAUAUAUGGAAACUUGUUUCGCGCACAUGACUCUCACGUGAUACAGGUGAACCAGGCGGCAAUCGUGAACCUCAUUUAAUGUUGCUUUUAACUUAAUUUAAAUUCUCUACCGAUUUUCUGCUGAGCACGGGAUAACCUGCCUUUAAAACGUUGGACGAACUAUUUGCGGCGGGAUUUGGCGUUAUACGGUUUACAGCGAAUUCAUGCAAUAUCACUACUCCAUUACCGGGAUGAUGGUACGGAGUUAGCCGAGUGGCCCGGAAUGUGUAUGAUCAUACCACUAUCACACGCACAUUUUCACAUUUUCUCAAAGAUCGGCACUGGUAUAUACCACUCAGGGUUGAUAUACACGAAAAACACGUAUACCUCGUGUAAGUAUAUAUCAGGACUCAUCGCCACACAAAGCGAUCUCAGCGAAUGCCCAAACUCCACUGUAUGUCUUCCACAGGAAUCAAAAGUUCUAAAUAAAGCGUCGAAAUUGUAUUAUCUUCAACUAUGAUUGAUAAUAUAAAAAGGCAUUCAAUUUCAACACAUAUAAGAGACGGGUGUUUGAUAAUAAAACUGCAUACAAUUUCAUCGGCGAAGUGGGGUAGCCUAGUGGUAAACGCGUCCGCUCGUCAUGCCGAAAACCCGGGUUCGAUUCCCGAAAUGACUACAGUGUGUGAAGUCCAUUUCUGGUGUCCCCCUGUGAUAUUGUCGGAAUAUUGCUAAAAGCGGCGUACAACCAUUCUCUCGUAUUUAAUCUGAACUUCUAAUCCCUUUGUACAUGGACAUUGUACUCAUGACAGUUGCAUGGAGCGGUAAGAUCACCUUGUGUUGUAGAGCCAUUGUUGUUAGGAAGACUGCAUGAUCUUGUUGAUGUUGAAUUGUGAUGUAUUGUUUUAUAGGUGUAAUAGUCCUUGGACAGAAAAUUAAUAAAUAAUAUAAAUGUA